UUUCCCACCACCCACCAGCGGCCACACUGGGCACCCCCAAAAGACAGCGAAAUUGUCAAAUUCGUUUUACUGUUGUGAAGGGUUUGUUCGAAAGCCGUGCGCUAGCUUCAAUUUUGUCGUAAGCCAAACAAAAAAAGGAAAAUCAACCGAAAAUGUUCGUGUCGACAGUCUCUCGCAUUGCCCCCGUUGCCAGGAGCGCCCUCCUCGCCAACUCCAAGCAGUACCUGCGACCAUUGAGCAGCGCCGUCAUCAGCCAGAGCCAGACUUUGGCCGCUGCGAACACAACCCCAGUUGCAUUGCUGCCACAGAUCAGGUCAUUCCAGACCUCGCCAGUCACGCGUGACAUUGACUCGGCUGCCAAAUUCAUUGGCGCUGGUGCCGCAACAGUCGGUGUCGCUGGAUCCGGUGCUGGUAUCGGAACAGUAUUCGGUUCCCUCAUCAUCGGCUACGCCAGGAACCCAUCGCUGAAACAGCAGCUGUUCUCCUACGCCAUUCUGGGCUUCGCCCUGUCCGAGGCCAUGGGUCUGUUCUGUUUGAUGAUGGCCUUCCUGCUGCUGUUCGCCUUCUAAGCGCUCCUGCACUGCACAUCGAUUGCUCGUCAUUGCUGGUUUGCUUGCGAACGAGAAUAGCAAAACAAACAACACUUCAAACAAACAACCAACAACCAGAACAAGCAACACCAUGUUCGUUUUCGAUUAUUAAUGAUAAAAUGAUUGAUUGAUUGAUAGCAAACAAGAACAUCCUGUACCACUAUCUAAUUAUAAAUACCAACAACCACAUGUAA